AUGAAACGUCAUAACACUAGUUUAAAAACAACAAACGAAUCAAAUCUUAUUUCAUUACAAGGUUAUAUAAUUCGACUUACCAACAUAACAAAAAAUGAAAAUAAUUCAAACUUUCAUUACAAAUUAACGAUGGAGGGACCUAAUGCUACUAUCAUAACUAUUUUACGAUAUUUAUUACCAAAUAGUACAUGUCGAUUACAUCCAGUCUUAAUAGCUCAUAAUAUUACUCAACAAGGAAUUGAAUUAUCAUGUUUAAAAUCUAUUGGACAAUCUUAUAUGAUUACAAAUGAUACUCAUGUAAUUGAAAAAAAUUUAGCAUACGAACCACAAUGGUGCAUCAGUCAAAACAUAUUAAAUUUGAAAACAUUAGCUGAAGAAAGAAUAUGCGCACUGGAAUGUAAAGUAAUUCAAAUUGGUGAACCUCAAACAUAUGUAAUUACAUCAGGUUACAAACGAACACAAAAAUUAAGAAAAGAAGCAAUAGUUGCAGAUCAAACUUCAACAAUUUUAUUAAAUAUUCAUGAUAUACACUUUAGUUCAAUUGAACUUGGUCAAUCCUACAAAAUCAGUGCAGUCAAAACAAGAUUAUUCAAAGAUGUGAUUUCUUUAUCUACCAUCACGGAAACGACAUUUGAAACGAUACCCGAAUUAUCUAAUGUAUCAUUCGAUUAUUCAACAUUACUUGCCUCAUAUAAAAAAAUUGAUGGUCAUCUUAAUCACUUAGAAGCAGAUAGUUGUGAUACUAACAAUAACACAUUGAUACAUUCGUAUAAAGCAACAAUACAAAUAUCAUCUACCGAAGAAUACUUGUUAAUUCUAUCACGUAAUCUUCUUCUUCAAUCUCUCAAUGUUCAAAGUGACGGCUCCGAUAUUAAUGAAACUGAAUUAUUUGAUUUGGUAAAAAAUCAAAAAUUUAUUUCUUCUCGUCUACAAUGCACAUUUGAUAUGAAUACUGGAAUUAUAAAUCAAAUUGAACGUAAAUACUCUGAAAUUACAAAUAUUGUAUUACGACCAUGUUCAUUAUCAAUUCAUGAAAAAAAAUUUUAUAACAUUUAUGGAAACGAUCUACCAACACCACCUGAUAUUGUUCGAACAUUUGAAGAAUUUAAACACAAUUUAAUAAAUCGGUUCUGUUUUGACAAAAUUUUGCCAUUCAUAAAUUUCAAUCAAUUCAUUUUGGCUGGCGGUUCAGUUCUUAUGUGUCUCUUACGAAAUACGACACAAUUUAUUGCAUGUGAUCUUGAUUUUUUUUACAUUGGAAAAGGUUUCAAAAAUUUUAUUGAUAUAUUAGCUAACAUAUAUGACAAGCUAUCUAAUUUUUAUUUUAUCAAACAAAGAGUUUUAUCUUAUCGACGUGUAUAUGAACUAGAAAUGACUCUAGAUUCUACUAUAUUUGAAAUUAUAAAUGAACCAAAUAUCCGCAAAAAAAUAGUAUUACAAUUUAUUUAUCAUCCAAGUAUAACAUCUAUUGAUACAUAUCUGAUGGCAUUUGAUGUAGAUGUAAUUCAAAUUUGUUUUGAUGGUAAAAAAGUACUAUGCAUAUGGGCAUGUAUCCGUGCACUAAAUACAGGCACAUUUAUAUCUUAUAAUCUUACGAAUAAUUUACCAACACUUGCUCGGACUGCAAUCCGCAUUAGUAAAUAUUAUCAAAAAGGUUUUAAACUAUUAUAUCCUUACGAAUUUUCAAUAAACGAUUUCUUAUCGUUAACUGUAUAUGAAUUAAAACAUACACAAAAUCCUGAUUAUUAUUCAUCAACAAAAGAACAAUUUGGAAGUAAUCAUGAUUAUUUUCAAUUACAAAAAAAAUUUGUCGACACAUAUAUCAGUCAACGAUUUUAA